AUGUCCUGCCUGUCCUCCCGCGUUGGCGCCCCCUGCGGGGUCCGCGCCUUCAGCUGCGCCUCGGCCUGCGGGCCCCGGCCAGGCCGCUGCUGCAUCACGGCCGCCCCCUACCGCGGAGUCUCCUGCUACCGCGGCCUCACUGGGGGCUUCGGCAGCCGCAGUGUCUGCGGGGGCUUCCGCGCUGGCUCCUGUGGCCGCAGUUUCGGCUACCGCUCCGGAGGCGUGUGCGGGCCCAGCCCGCCUUGCAUCACCAGCGUGUCUGUCAACGAGAGCCUCCUCACGCCCCUCAACCUGGAGAUCGACCCCAAUGCACAGUGCGUGAAGCACGAGGAGAAGGAGCAGAUCAAGUGCCUCAACAGCAGGUUCGCUGCCUUCAUUGACAAGGUGCGCUUCCUGGAGCAGCAGAACAAGCUGCUGGAGACCAAGUGGCAGUUCUACCAGAACCGCAAGUGCUGCGAGAGCAACCUGGAGCCCCUGUUCGAGGGCUACAUCGAGACGCUGAGGCGGGAGGCCGAGUGCGUGGAGGCCGACAGCGGGAGGCUGGCUUCGGAGCUCAACCACGUGCAGGAGGUGAUGGAGGGCUACAAGAAGAAAUACGAAGAAGAGGUGGCACUAAGGGCCACCGCUGAGAAUGAAUUUGUGGCCCUGAAGAAGGAUGUGGACUGCGCCUAUCUCCGCAAGUCAGACCUGGAGGCCAACGCGGAGGCCCUGACCGAGGAGAUUGACUUCCUGCGACGCCUGUAUGAGGAGGAGAUCCGCGUUCUCCACGCCCACAUCUCAGACACCUCAGUCAUCGUUAAGAUGGACAACAGCCGGGACCUGAACAUGGACUGCAUUGUGGCCGAGAUCAAGGCUCAGUAUGACGACAUCGCCAGCCGCAGCCGGGCUGAAGCCGAGUCCUGGUACCGCAGCAAGUGUGAGGAGAUGAAGGCCACGGUGAUCCGGCACGGGGAGACCCUGCGCCGCACCAAGGAGGAGAUCAAUGAGCUCAACCGCAUGAUCCAGAGGCUGACGGCCGAGGUUGAGAAUGCCAAGUGCCAGAACACCAAGCUGGAGGCCGCAGUGACCCAGGCUGAGCAACAAGGCGAGACGGCUCUGAGCGAUGCCCGCUGCAAGCUGGCGGAGCUGGAGGCCGCCCUGCAGAAGGCCAAGCAGGACAUGGCCUGCCUGGUCAAGGAGUACCAGGAGGUGAUGAACUCCAAGCUGGGCCUGGACAUCGAGAUCGCCACCUACAGGCGGCUGCUGGAGGGCGAGGAGCAGAGGUUGUGUGAGGGCAUUGGUGCUGUGAAUGUCUGUGUCAGCAGUUCCCGCGGCGGGGUCGUGUGUGGGGAUCUCUGCGUGUCCGGCUCCCGGCCUGUGACCGGCAGUGCGUGCAGCGCCCCCUGCAGUGGGAACCUGGCGGUAAGCACGGGCAUGUGCGCGCCCUGCGGACAGAGGUGCAGCCCCAGCUCCUUGGUGCGGUUCCCGUAGUGCCCUGGGCUUGGUCAACACACUGCUCUCCGAGUCAACAGUCCCUGCCUCCAGCGGUGAAGCCCGCAGCAACCCAAGUCCCUGGGCUUGAAGCAGAAGGGUUUCCAGACCCAGCCGGCCUGACCUGCCCAAACUGCAGCCUUAUCUUCCUGCAUCUCCUCCGCCUUCUCGCAGUCUUCACUCGCAGUUUCUUCCGGGGAGGGCUGGGCUCCCUGCCCAGCUGGCAGCUGCCCUCGUCCUUACCGCCAAUCUCA